AUGGCGGCCAGCAUUGGGAACGAACCGCUUAAUUGGGUAGCUGUGAGUGACGGAGAAGCAGUCCUUACGUCUCAAUUCGGCAUACACGGACUGCGAGAUCCGUCCAUAGUACGCUCUCCUGAAGGAGAUAAGUUCUAUCUCGUCGCCACAGACCUCAACGUUGAUGGAGCCUAUUACGGUUGGCAGGGUUGGGACUGGGCUCAGAGUGGAGCAAGCCGAUAUAUUGAGAUUUGGGAGUCAGACGAUAUGAGCUCUUGGUCUAAACAGAGGCAUGUUCUUGUCGCUCCUCCUGAGGCCGGCAUGGCUUACGCCCCUGAAGCCAUCUGGGAUCCUGAAAUUGAAGCAUACGUGGUGUACUGGACCUCGUCUCUGUAUGAGCCCGGGACUUACUUCACAACCAACAUGUCAGAUCCUCGGCGAAGGCAUCCGUCGACUCGAAACCAAACCCUCUACGCUACUACCCGCAACUUUGUGUCGUUCACUCACGCCGGCAAAAGUUAUGAGUGGUCGAGCGAGUCGGACGGCUGCUAUCAUCGCUUCGUGUGUGACCGAGUCUCUACCAGAGUCGACGUAGAGAGUUAUGCGCAUUGCGGUUCGGAGGGCGUGUACCAGGAAAAGGCCUCGUCAAUCCUGGCAGCCGAGAGUGACUGGACACUCGUGGCCAGCGGCAUUACUUACAACACCAUGGGCACAACUUAUGCAGAAGCGCCACUCGCCUUCAAGGCCAACCCAGGUGAUCGACGGGCUCCCGGGUACUAUCUUUUCUGCGAUCAGAUUUGGAGUGGUGCACCAGCAGGAAAGCAUAUGGAGGAGCAGCUACACCCUUACUGGACUAGGAAUCUUAAUUCGGGCAGCUGGACGCCAACCGAAUGGGACCAAAAACCAAACUACAGGUAUGCUCAGGGGGUGAUGCGACAUGGCUGUAUCUUUGGUCUCACAUCAGCUGAACACGCCAAUUUACGCGGCGCAAUGUUACUGCGCAUUUAUAUCCAGCCGCCGGCUAAGAGAAACUACGGCGUGGGAGAGCAGCUGGACCUGACAGGUCUUAGAGUGUCUGCAUUGUAUUCAGAUGGAGUUGAGGAUCAGGAGGUUUACCCCGGGUAUGGGGGCUACGCUGUAUCCGGCUUUGUAUCAGACACUGCCGGAGUAAAAAGGGUGCUAGUCUCGUAUAAUGUAGCAGACAUCACCAAGACGGCUCGUUUUGAGGUGGAGGUAGUGUAG